ACCUUGUACUCGAACCAAUACCAGCAAUGGCCCGACAGGUUUUGUCUGCCAACGACGUCAAGCUUCGCAUCGAGGCCCUCGUUCCCCGUCUCACCCUUAUUGAAACGGAGGAAUCGUGGGACACUAUUGCCACCUCGAUAACAACCCUUACUCAAGUAUGCAAGGAUGGUAGUUGUGAAUAUACAGAGGUAAUAGUGUCCUCUGUGCGGUCGCUGUCGAAUCCAAUUACCAGCGCUAUCAAAUCUGAACGAACACGGCUGUCGGGCGUGGCUAUCGACUGCAUCACAGAAUUGGCUACUGGCCUUGGCACGUCAUUCGAACCCCUUCUUCCAGUGUUCUUCCCUGCCCUCCUUUCACUAUGUGCACGCACAAACAAAGUCUUCGUGACCCGCGCUCGAGCCUGCAUACUAGUCAUCAUCGAAUCGACGCAGCUCCCUUCAAUUCUUCCAUACUUCGCUCACUCAAUCAAGGACAAGUCGAUGUCACUGAGACUGGCUGCUGCAGAAGGUGUCUUGACGUACAUGAAUUGCCUUAACCCACCAGAUCUGGAGAAGGAGGUUAGGGCAAGAGAAAUUGAGAACCUGAUCAAAGCGACGACAAGGGAUGCCAAUGCAGAUGUUAGGAAGACUGGGAGAAAGGUCUUUGACGCCUUUAAGGUUCUAUUGCCUGAUAGAGUGGACAAUUUUGUUGCUCCUCUUACACCGACAAUCAAGAAGUAUCUAAACAUUGCACCCAAAAAGGGUCUACCGCCCCUCCCGCCACUGCAGGCCUCGACGUCCAACAGUACAAAGAGUCACCUAUCUCGCUCCGUACCCGCUCCUCCAUCUUCAUCUGCCGCUGUCACUUUGCCAUCCAAAUCCACUGCGUCACGACCCGCUCCCGUGUUAACUCAUUCGACGUCAUCAAGUAGGGCCAGCUCACGUUCUCGCACCGCUCCAGAGGGCCCGAAACCAACCGCUGUGUCAGGCCCUAAGAAGGGAACCAUGCCGCCUCCAGAUACCAUUCCUACAAGACCCACACAGCCUUUACGGCAUCCGGGCCCGCCUUUGAAAUCUAGUUCAGCCUCGUCAGCUAGUAACGAUAAGAGGCCUACGCCGCCCUUACGACCUGGCAUGCCGGCCUUCCGCUCUGCGACAAAUCUCAGAUCUGCACCUGUACCUGCACAUUCAGACAGUGCUGUUGCUCGCGGACCCCGACGGGAACUUGUACCUUCGCAACACGCUCCCGUGCCAAGCAGUCGGGCUCAGCGAGCGCCAUUACCACCCCCAAGCAAAGUGCGCAACGAUGAGUCUGACAAUAGCAGAUCAACAAAAAGUAUUCAACCUGUUCAACAGUCAACUACAGUCCAAGCGACUUGCCCUGCGUCUUCGAAUGGUAGACCCAAGAUCGUUAUUGGCCAGAAGCCAGAGCUGCCUCAAUUGUCUACAAAGCCUUCAUAUGCCGACAACAAAGUAAAGGCAAAACCCUUGAUGAAACCUGUGGCUAAAGCAGAGGCAUCAGCUUCUAGCAAGCGACCGCCUGUAGCUCAGAAAAAGCCAGAGAAAGCAGCAGCUAAGCCGAUGUGGGGUAGCCGACCUGCCAAACCACCUGUCCCAAAACAUCCCCCCCGCAGCAGAAGCGUUCCCGCCCGUUCUCGGACAACGACGGCAUCAUCCUCAAAAACAGAACCGUCCUCGUUGAAGGGCACUACGGAGGAAACUUCUAACGAGUCUGCGAAGGACGUUGAGAGCAAUGAACAAGCAGAUGCAGAGGGUGCCGGUGUCGCUGUCGACGACACCGCAGAACGUGUACAGGAAAGUGAAGACCAUGCCUCAGAGCAACAGCCAGCACCCUCCAUUUCAUCUAGUCACGACGAGGAAACACCUGAAGGAGAAGGUGGGGCUGCUGACAGUUCAGACGAAACUGUGAGAGUCGAAGAAGCAACGGAUACUCCCAACAAUGCCCCACAACAAGUCAUCAUUGCAAAGCCUUUGUCAUUUCCAGUGGACGCUCCUGCCACACCUCCGUCAAGCCAAGGAGAAAAUAUUGCAAAGCCGCAAAAAACUCCCAUUUCGGCUUUGCUGUCUUCUAUUGAGCAAGGGUUCCUGUUUACACCAGCAUCGCCUCUGUCUCCACCAAUAUCGUAUCUAUCCUAUCCUCGGGGGAUGAAUGAUGCAACUAACCUGGCAGCGCCAUUCCCUCUGCAGCCCAAAAUGCUGUUUGGUAUCUCAACGGAUUCUGGAUCGGAGAAAUUCGUGCAACCUUGGCCGAUAGAUAGGCAACGUCUAGUGGCUGCUGAGGGUGAGAAUGGAUGCAGAUAGCGGAUAUUUGUCCAGUAGUCAUCUCGUUGUCGUAUACACUCACGUUCUUAAUUUAAGUAGAUAGCUUCAUAUAAGUAUUCAAUAUCGAACCGCUGUGAUUUUUG